ACAGGGCUUUGCCUGCCUCUACCACAGGGGACUCGUGCUAAUGCCAACCAGCUGCCAUUCGUGUUUGUGCCCAGCAAGUGCUGCUGGAGCAGCACAAAUCCUUGGAAAUUAGCAAAGCCACUCCUUGAUGGAAAGCUGGAACUUCAGAGUUGGUCCAGUAUGUGGAAAACCACAUGUUUAAACUAGAGAGAAGAAUUGCAACUUGUCAUUACUCACCACUCCUUCUUACUCAGCCGGAGUAGAUUUGCCAUCAGAUGCCCCUCAGGCUCAUGGUGGGGAAUAGGGCGAGUUGUGUAUCAGGUAACACUUGGUCAUUCUGGGAAUUGGGUGUUUGGUUGGAUGUGGGGAAGAAAGGUUCCUGAAUUUAGUACCUGUGCCUGUUUUAUCUUCUCAUUGUGGUUGAGCCUGAUCCGAAAACAAAAGGAGGGUCUUCCUGUGAGAAAGUCAUGCAUUCCUAUGUGAGUGAAUGAACGACUUUGGUGUUCAGGGACAAGUUUAUUUUUGUUUGUUUUGAUUUUUUUCUUUUUUCUUUUUUUAGUGCUGGAGAUUGAAUCUUGGGCCUUGUGUGUGCUAGGCCAGGCUCUGCCAUUGAGCUACACCCCCAGUCCCAGAGAAAGGUUUUAAAGUGCUUAGUACUAGAGUCUAGCACAAGGACAUAGGCCUCCUGGAGGUUCUGCUCCAUCUCUCCAAGAAUGGGUCUCCAGGGGACUUUCGGCUUCCCCUUGGGGCUUCUGCUCAGCUCUGUGCUCCUGGUGACUUCAGCCCCGGCCACUCCUGAGCCUCCUGGAUGCAGCAACAAGGACCAACAGGUCACCGUCAGCCACACCUACAAGAUUGAGGUGCCCAAGUCUGCCCUGGUGCAGGUGGAGGCUGACCCACAGUCGCUCAGUGAUGAUGGGACUUCACUCUUGGCCACGGGGGAGGAGGGGGAGGAACAAAACUUCAUCUUCAGGCACAACAUCCGCCUCCAGACACCAAAGAAGGACUGUGACUUGUCAGAUAGUUUCCAGGACCUCUUGGUCCGGCUGAAGAAACUGGAGGAAGAAAUGGCAGAGUUGAAGGAGCAGUGUAAUGUCCAGCGCUGCUGCCAAGGGGCUGCUGAUCUGAGCCGCCACUGCAGCGGCCACGGCACCUUCUCCCCUGACACCUGCAGCUGCCACUGCGAGCAGGGCUGUGGCCACGGCGUGUGCGUGCGCGGCGUCUGCCAGUGCCACGAGGACUUCACGGCCGAGGACUGCAGCGAGCAGCGCUGUCCCGGCGACUGCAGCGGCCAUGGCUUCUGCGACACCGGCGAGUGUUACUGCGAGUUGGGCUUCACCGGUCCGGACUGUUCCCAGGUCAUCCCCCCUCAGGGCCUACAGCUGCUGAAGAGCACCGAAAAUUCCCUGCUGGUGGGCUGGGAGCCCACCAGUGAUGUGGACCACUACCUCCUCAGCUAUUAUCCCAUGGGCAAGGAGCGCUCUGUCAAGCAGAUCCAGGUGCCCAAGGAGCAGCACACCCAUGAGAUUCAGGGAUUGCUGCCUGGAACCAAGUACAUAGUCACCCUGCGCAACGUGAAGAAAGACAUUCACAGCAGCCCACAGCACCUGGUUGCCACCACAGAUCUUGCUGUGGUUGGCACUGCCUGGGUGACAGAAGAGACCGAGAACUCCCUCGAUGUGGAGUGGGAGAAUCCCCCAACUGAGGUGGACUACUACAAGCUGCGGUAUGGCCCUUUGACGGGGCACGAGGUGGCUGAGGUCACUGUACCCAGGAGCCGUGAACCCAAGAGCCACUAUGGCAUCACUGGUCUGCAUCCUGGGACUGACUAUAAGAUCACAGUUGUGCCCGUUAGAGGAGACCUGGAGGGCAAGCCGAUUCUCCUGAAUGGCAGGACAGAAAUCGAUGGUCCAACCAAUGUAGUCACUAAUCAGGUGACAGAAGACACAGCAGUAGUGUCCUGGGACCCAGUGAAGGCUGACAUAGACAAAUACGUGGUGCGCUACAUCUCCCCUGAUGGAGAGACGAAAGAGACAGUGGUACCCAAGGACCAGAGCACCACCACCCUGACUGGCCUGAAGCCAGGAGAAGCAUAUAAAGUCUACGUGUGGGCUGAGCGGGGCACCCAGGGAAGCAAGAAAGCGGACACCAAGGCCCUCACAGAAAUUGAUAGCCCAGAAAACCUGGUAACCGAUCGGGUAACAGAAAAUACACUCACUGUCUCCUGGGACCCAGUGGAGGCUGAAAUUGACAGGUAUGUGGUAAGCUAUACGUCUGCCGAUGGAGAGACCAGGGAGAUUCCAGUGCCCAAGGAGAGGACCAGCACUGACCUGAUCGGCCUGAGCCCCGGUGUGGAGUACAAAGUCUACGUGUGGGCCCAGAAGGGGGACCGGGAGAGCAAGAAGGCCAACACUAAGGCACCCACAGACAUUGACAGUCCUAAAAAUCUGGUCACUGACAAGGUGACAGAAAAUAUGGUCACUGUCUCCUGGGACCCUGUGCAGGCCCCCAUUGAUAGGUAUGUGGUGAGCUAUACUUCUGCUGAUGGAGAGACCAAGGAGAUUCCAGUAGGGAAGGAACAGAGGAGCACUGUCCUGAGAGGCCUGAAGCCAGGGAUGGAGUAUGAAUUUCACGUGUGGGCCCAGAAGGGAACCCAGGAGAGCAGGAAGGCUGACACCAAGGCCCCUACAGACAUUGACAGCCCCAAAAACCUGGUGACUGACCAGGUGACAGAAAACACUGCCACUGUCUCUUGGGACCCAGUAGAGGCCGACAUUGAUAGGUAUGUGGUGCGCUACACCUCUGCCGAUGGACAGACGAGGGAGAUUCCUGUGAGGAAAGAGCAGAGGAGGGCCGUCCUGACAGGCCUGAGGCCAGGUGUGGAGUAUAAGGUGGAUGUGUGGGCCCAGAAGGGGACCCGGGAGAGCAGGAAGGCCAACACCAAGGCUCCCACAGACAUUGACAGCCCCAAAAACCUGGUGACUGACCAGGUGACAGAGAACACUGCCACUGUCUCCUGGGACCCAGUAGAGGCCGACAUUGACAGGUAUGUGGUGCGCUACACCUCUGCCGACGGAGAGACCAGGGAAUUUCUGGUGGGGAAGGACCAGAGCAGCACCAUCCUGACAGGCCUGAGGCCAGGUGUGGAGUACGAGGUGGAUGUGUGGGCCCAGAAGGGCACCCGGGAGAGCAGGAAGGCCAACUCCAAGGCCCCCACAGACAUUGACAGCCCCAAAAACCUGGUGACUGACCAGGUGACAGAAAACACUGCCACUGUCUCCUGGGACCCAGUGGAGGCCGACAUUGAUAGGUAUGUGGUGCGCUACACCUCUGCUGAUGGAGAGACGAGAGAGAUUCCCGUGAAGAAAGAGGAGAGAAGCACCAUCCUGACAGGCCUGAGGCCAGGUGUGGAGUACAAGGUGGAUGUGUGGGCCCAGAAGGGCACCCAGGAUAGCAGGAAGGCCAGCACCAAGGCCCCCACAGACAUUGACAGCCCCAAAAACCUGGUGACUAACCAGGUGACAGAGAACACUGCCACUGUCUCCUGGGACCCAGUGGAGGCCGACAUUGAUAGGUACGUGGUGCGCUACACCUCUGCUGAUGGAGAGACCAAGGAAUUCCUGCUGGGGAAGGAGCAGAGAAGCACUGUCCUGACAGGCCUGAGGCCGGGUAUGGAGUACAAGGUGGAUGUGUGGGCCCAGAAGGGGGCGCAAGAGAGCAAAAAGGCCAACACCAAGGCCCCCACAGACAUUGACAGCCCCAAAAACCUGGUAACCAACCAGGUGACAGAGAACACUGCCACUGUCUCCUGGGACCCUGUGCAGGCCGACAUUGACAGGUAUGUGGUGCGCUACACCUCUGCUGAUGGAGAGACCAGGGAGAUUCCAGUGAAGAAGGAUAAGACCAGCACUGUCCUGACUGGCCUGAGGCCCGGGGUUGACUACACCGUCCAUGUGUGGGCCCAGAAGGGCACGCGGGAGAGCAAGAAGGCCAACACUGAGGCCCCCACAGAAAUUGACAGCCCCAAAAACCUGGUGACCAAUCGGGUGACAGAAACUACAGCCACCAUUUCCUGGGACCCAGUGAGAGCCACCAUUGACAAGUACAUGGUGCGCUACACGUCUGCAGAUGGAGAGACAAAGGAGAUUCCAGUGGCAAAGGAGCAGAGCAGCACCAUCCUGAAGGGCCUGAAGCCUGGUGUGGCAUACACGGUUCAAGUGUGGGCUGUGAAAGGGGCUCGGGAGAGCAAGAAGGUCAACACCAAGGCCCUGACAGAAAUCGAUCCUCCCAAAAACUUUCGUCCAUUCGGUGUAACACAUUCUGGUGGGGCACUGACCUGGAUGCCCCCCUCUGCUCAGAUUGAUGGGUACAUUCUGACCUACCAGUUCCCCAAUGGCACCGUGAAGGAGGUACGACGGGAAAGAGGUGAACAGAGGUUCGAGUUGCAAGGCCUUGAGCAGGGCAUCACCUACCCUGCCUCCUUGGUUGCUUUUAAGGGUGAUCACCGGAGCAGGAGUGUGUCCACAUCCCUCUCAACAGUUGAUGCCCGUUUUCCACACCCCUCGGACUGCAGUCAGGUUCAGCAGAACAGCGACGCUGCCAGCGGCCUCUACACCAUCUACCUGAAUGGUGAUGUCAGCCGGCCCCUCAAGGUUUACUGCGACAUGGACACGGACGGAGGCGGCUGGAUUGUCUUCCAGAGACGGAACACUGGGCAGUUGGAUUUCUUCAAGCGCUGGCGGAGCUAUGUGGAAGGCUUUGGGGACCCCAUGCAGGAGUUCUGGCUUGGACUUGACAAGCUACACAAUCUCACCAGCAGCACUCCUACCCGGUAUGAGGUCAGAGUGGAUUUACAGACUUCCAAUGAAUCUGCCUAUGCCGUGUAUGACUUCUUCCAAGUGGCCUCCCCCAAGGAGCGGUAUAAGCUGUCAGUUGGGAAAUACAGAGGCACAGCAGGGGAUGCUCUUACAUACCACAAUGGAUGGAAGUUUACAACUUUUGACAGAGACAAUGAUAUUGCCCUCAGCAACUGUGCUCUGACGCAUCAUGGCGGCUGGUGGUACAAGAACUGCCACUUGGCCAACCCUAAUGGCAAAUACGGGGAGACCAAGCAUAGUGAGGGGGUGAACUGGAAGCCGUGGAAAGGACAUGAGUUCUCCAUCCCUUAUGUGGAGUUGAAAAUUCGCCCUCAUGGCUACAACAGAGAGCGUUUCCACGGCAGAAAGAAGCGGACUUUGGGAGGAAAGACGAGAAUGUUCUGAUGACCCGACCAGCAGUGUUCGCAGGAGACAAGACCAGCUGGGGUCGGGCUGCGAGCUUGGGGCCGGUGGGUGGCGGCUGGGAAAUGGAAGGUUGAAGGAUGCUCCCGGCCUCUAGUUUCUGAGAUUGCUGGAAAACUCACAGAAGAAACGAUGGCAGCAAGCUUCCAAUCCUAGAGGUUCCUUCUCAGUCACCUGCAGUUUUGCCCAUCUACGCUAGGGGGCCUGGUACUCGGCGCUGUCCUACUCGCAGUCUGUAUUGGCAUGGGGAAAAAGGGUUUUGAAACUGCAAGGAUUUUUCAGCCCGUUUUUGGUACCAAAUAUACUGGACUAGUGUGGAAAAAAGGAAUCUUCCAGCACUUCACUGGAAAUCUCUGGGAACUGGUGCACACAUAACAUAUUUAAAUCUCUGCUGAUACAGAGCUUGCUAGAAAGUCACGCCAAAGAGAGAUUGUGACUGCACAGGAGUCAGGGCUGGGGUAACUUGAUGGCUGUUGCCUCCUAUUUCCUGUGGGUUCCGAGAGGAGAAGUGUAAAUCCCACUCCUUUUUAAUCGCUGGUGUUAUGAGGAAGAAUAAAGAGAAUAAAAAGGGGCCCAGAUGCUUUCACAUUUAGCUAGUUUCUGUCUGGUCUGCGGCACACUGGAAACCAAAGCUGCCAUUUUACUGCUAUU